UCACUCACGCACGCACGCGCUCCCCCCGCUCGCCCACCCCUCAUCACUCCAGUGCUACGGUUCGACAGACUUCCAGACACGGACACCAUCAUCCAUCCACCGGCGACGCUUCCAGCUCCGACGAACCGCUCGGGACCCGACACCAUGUCCAUCUCGCUGCGCCUCGCCAUCCCCACCGCGGCGCCCUGCCCCGCGCCGCCGCCGCGGGCGCGGGCGGCGCGGAAUGCGGGCUGCUCCCCGCUCUCCGCGGCCGCCGUGCCGGUGCGGACGACGGCCGCGCUCAGGGGAUGCGCCGCUCUGCCGCUGAGGCCGCAGCCGCUGGUCCGGCCGUGCCGGAGCCGGGGGAGCGCCGUCGUCUGCAGCGCCUCGGCGUACCUCAGCCCGCCCACCACGCAGUGGGUCUCCGUCGCGGCCGCCGCAGUGCUAUUGCUUGCUAAAGGCACAGGCAUACACAAAUCUUUCCUCGUGCCAUUGUUUGUUCUGCAAGCACCUACCGCCGUAAUCUCAUGGAUCAAGAGUGAAUAUGGACUGUGGACUGCUUUUCUUGCGCUUGUGGUGCGUUUGUUCUUACCCUUUCCAGGUGAGCUAGAGCUUCCGCUGUCAACGAUGCUGGCAGUCAGCGUUGCCCCUUACCAGGUGAUGAAUGUGAGGGGAACUCAAGGUGGCGCGAUAGUGUCGUUGGUACUAGCCGCGUACCUCGCCUUUCAGCACUUCACCAGGACCGGAGGAAUAGGAAAAGCCUUCGAUCAGGGAUCGAUAGUUGCGACCAUGGCCAUCAUCUGUAUCGCAGUUAUCAAUGUGAUCCUGCUGUUCUGAGUUGCCAAGAGCUACUUCAGAGUGCAGAUAAAUAAAAAGAAACCUUGUAGCGCAUCAUCCUGUCAGACUUUGUAGCUUGUUUUAUCGUAAUAAGAAUGACCUCUGAGUUGUGACAUGACUGAUAGUAUAUAUCACCGUGUACGGUGUGGUUUGGGAA